GAAGCGUACACGAGAUGCACGCAACCCUGUAGUUCCCGCUGCACCGCGAUAUCCCCCCCUCCUCUGCUUUUAGACAAACAAGUUUACAUUUCCUUUUUCGCUUCGGUCACGUAUAGCGGGUGGGGCUGCUUCUGUUGCUGCUUUUCUCUUGUUCUUUAGUGAUGUAAGAGGGCCUUCACGGUCACGCAUGGGAGAUCAAGCAACGCUGAUGUAUAAAAUGAGGCCUCAAAGGGACCUGCUCAAGGCGCUUUGGAAGAUUCUCGGAAGGCCUGCGAGAGCAAGCAACUGAUGCCUCUCUGGCUUCAGAGAAUUGGGCACUCAACAUGGAGAUAUGCGACAUUGUCAACGACACCGAUGAAGGGCCAAAAGAUGCAAUCCGCGCGAUACGCAAGAGGCUCAUGCAGAAUGCGGGCAAGAACUACACAGUAGUCAUGUACGCUCUCACCGUUCUGGAGACGUGUGUGAAGAACUGCGGCCGUCGGUUCCACCUGCUGGUGUCGCAGAAGGACUUCAUCCAGGACCUGGUCAAGAUGAUUGGCCCCAAGAACGACCCACCCACCGCUGUGCAGGAGAAGGUGCUCAGCCUCAUACAGUGUUGGGCAGAUGCAUUCCGCACACACCCGGACAUGCAGGGUGUCGUCCAGGUGUACACCGACCUGAAGAACAAGGGUGUCGAGUUUCCCAUGACGGACUUGGACUCUAUGGCACCCAUCUACACACCACAGAGGAUUGGCGAAGCAGCACAAGAGUCACGGACAAAAAGAGACAGCGUUCCGCUGACGGCACCACCACCUACGACACUGCCUCGGGUGAACCCGUAUGCGGCCCACGGCCGACCCGUGGCCCAAAGCGAGGUGGAGUCGGGAGCGCUGCCACCAAGCCCCGUGGGUCUGACACCCGAGCAGCUGAACAAGCUGCGCAAGGAGCUGGACAUCGUCCAGCGCAACAUGACAGUGUUCGGCGAGAUGCUGACCGAACUGGUGCCCGGUCAGGAGCAGCACAGCGAGUGGGAGCUGCUCCAGGAGCUGCAGAAAACGUGCCAUGCCAUGCAGACGAGAGUGGUGGAGCUCAUCAACAAGGUGGCCAACGAGGAAGUCACAGGGGAAUUGCUUCGGAUCAAUGAUGACAUGAACAACCUGUUUCUGCGUUACGAGCGCUUCGAGAAGCGGAGGACAGCCAUUGUUACGGGACAGGUCAAGGACACCUCUGCCACGGCCACUGCACAGAAUGAGAACUCAUCCGCUUCAGAUGCAGCACCUCUCAUCGACCUGGGUGAGCCAGAUGUAACCAGUGAUCUCCAGAAGCUUGCGUUGGGACCUGCUGGGACUGGAGGGGCAGGUUCAAACCCGGCGGCCAAACCCUCGGGCGACGAGUUUGACAUGUUUGCGCAGUCCCGGCACAGCAGCGACACAAAGCCCAGUGGCAGCACGUACGCUGACAACACCAACAUUGACCAGCUCGCAGUCGGUCUCGGGGCACUAGCACAAGUCAGAGGGCAGAAGGUGGAAGUGGAAACCCUUCAUGAGAGCCACAGAGAGAGAGACUUCGACGAGAUGGAAGAGUGGCUAAGGGAAAAGCCUUCCGAGACUGGCCAGGAGUCAAUUACCAGCACAGAGUUUGACCGGUUCCUAGCAGAACGAGCAGCCGCGGCGGAACGGCUUCCUCCUGUGACCGCGGGAUCCACAACGGCAACAGCGACAUCCAUCGGCGGACCCGCCAUGCCACCCGCACCACCACCAUCCCGGAAUCGCGUGGAGCGGGACGAGAAAACGGAGAACAGCCUGUUCGCCUUGUAGACAUAGGGGUAUAGAAGUCAGGGGAGGUCGGUCAUGAGAGGGAGGUGACGUUUUCGUAUACAAGACGAUGUGGUCGACUGUAGAUGUGUUCGUGUAAAGUUGAGGAGGGAGAAAAAGUGUGUAAAGCAAAAUGUGCGACACUGGCCAGCACAGUGUUGUUGGGUUAGCAGAGUUUCGUGCAUGGCAUUUUGUGGACAGAUUUAUUUUUUGAAGUCUCUGCACUACGACUAUUCCAUGACAGGAGUAAUUUUGGUGGUGUUGGGCAGUUGAAAUUACUUUUGUUGAUGCUUUCGCUCACUUUUGGAGCACAGGUUAGCACCACGUUUUUUGGGUGUGGACCGUGGACUUUGUACAGGAAAGUGCAUUGCAGUAGCAGCCGUAUCUCUUGCGACUUUGGCAGAUCAAAUUUUUUUUUUCCUUGUUUCAGCUCAGCUGCGGCCAGAAGUUUUCGUUUUAUCCAUUUCGUAACGUUAUUAGGUCUCAAAGGAAAGGAAGGUGCAUGUAAUCUAUACACCAUAAACACUGACAUCUUCAAUUGCUAGGAAGGCAAUGGGUGUAUGUUUAAACAUCUUAACUUUUCAAAACUCAUUUGCAAAGCAUGUUCGAGUCCUAAAGAUGUCCAUGUAAUUGCAUAAGAGGUGUGAAUUUCUUGAUGCAUCUGUGAGCCUUGUUAAGGGGAGACCCUGCAUCUGCGAACUCUUCUUUUAUUUCCCGAGUAGAUUUUAAUCAAAGUUGCGGAGUUUAUGUAUUUCCAUGUGCUAAUUUAAGAUAUACAUUCAGUUUUCUUGCAUAGUAAAUAUAUGUUUCUAUAAAUAUAAGAAGUUCAAAACUUGUUUGGGGUGGGCUAUUUACUAAACUAUAUAUGGUUUAAUCUGUAUUAGCAUAUAAAAAUGAUCUUGAGUAAUCGGAGCAUACAGUGGUACAAGAAUGAAUGCUCUAGACUGAUUUGAACCAAAGUUACAGCAUGUCAGUUUUUUUGAAGUGUGGGCCCCUAGUAAAACCCAGGACAAAUUACUUUCUGAAAAUGUAUGUUAUAAUGUUUUUCUAUAUUCUCUAUUUGUGUACCUUUCUGACAAAAGAAAUAAUUAUACUGAUAAGAUAAGUAGAACCAGAAAUAUUAUCACUCCAAAAUAGGGACACCACCAGAAAUGGGGUUUAGAGAAAACAAGGAAAAACAUUCCACAACAUGUUUAUGAUGAUUAUAGCAAAGGCUAGAUCAAUCAAGGAUGAUACAGGGAUCCAGUCAAGUAAGAAUAAAUGCUUUAUACCAAUCUGAAGCAGUGGGACACACAAAGGUGUUUGGGCCAAUUUUCAGCUCCAAAGAGCAGGGUCUCCCCUUAAAAAAAGCAGCCAGAUUGUUUGGUGGACUUGGUUAGAGUGUAAAUACAGGGUGAUAAAACUGUAACAUAAAACUAAUCUAAUCAUUUGGAAGCUAUAGACCAGAAGAGGAUGCAGAGUUUGCAGAAAUGCACAGAAUCACAUGGAAUUAUUACAAAAAAUGAUAAGUAGUUGCAUUUGCUUUUGAGAGGUGGCACUGCUUCAGCCCAGCUGAUGUUGUGACACAACUGAAGCGCCACCUGUUGGUGACAAAUGUAACCAUAACUAAAUGACCUCUUGUUUAUGAAAAAAAAAGUGGGGGUCCCUUUUGUUUGUUUUUUUAAAAACAGAAUCUUACUACAGUCUAUAUUUCAAAAAAUUAUUAAAAUAUUACAUUUUCUGUUACUUUUGGAUCAUCCUAUGUAUCUUAUCCUAUCUUGUUCACAAUGGAUACCCUAAAACCAAGCUAAGCAGUGCUGCCUCAGUGCAAGGCAUGAUUUAUGUAUGAUGUCGUCUUUGAUCAAAGGCAUUUAUCACUGCUGGGACUACCGUGUAAUGGUCGUGUGUCUGGUUUUUUUCAAAUGUUUUUGGUGUUCUGCCUAGCAAGCCUGUAUUUAAGACUUCUGACAGCAGGCAUGCUGUGAUGUUUCUUGAGAAUCGGAUUUGUCAUGAAAAGAGCAUAGUUGCCUUUGGGUGAUUGGAGAUUCAACAAUUCCAUGCCAUGAAGUGGCUGCAGUGCCGUUUCUUAAAAUGUAGACGUUGGAAGGUUUGUCUUGAACGUGAGCUUGGAUGUUGUUUUAGGGUGCUGACAAAAUAGGGCGUCAUAUUCUAGAGUGGCAUUAUGAAGAAGGUCAAGGUGACAAACACUUGUCCAUAAGUGAGCUUCUUUAUUUAUUUUUUUCCUUCUAAUAAGUGGCAUUCUUGCAUUUUUGUCAUUCACAAGGCAUGCUAGAGUUCAUUGAUGUGCUAUGCCGAAAUGGCUUUAAUAUAAUGUUCCUGGCAUUGUUGGGAAAACAGCAGUGCAACCGAGAAAAUCUUUUUAAUGUAGGUUAGUUGGUUUCAAGAUGAGGGCUGUAUUUUAACUAGUGCCGCUCUCGGGAAAGAAUGUGUCAUAGAUGAGCAUGCAUCAAGGUCCUUGUGGUUCCCUUUGUUGAUGAACUACAGGUAUGAUGGGAGGUGUCAUUCUUAUGUUAUAGUGGAACCUUAAAAGAAUACUCCAAAGAUGCUUACUAUACGAGAAAGAGGUGCGAUAUGAACAUUCUGUUACCAGUGUUCGCGUUCUUAGUUGUAUAAACCUGGAAAUCUUAUAGCCUAAAAUGUAUCGUGGACGAUCUGCUAUCUUUGUUCACAAGCUGUGCCGUCACAGGCACGCUGCCAUGACACUCAUUACAUACGUGAACCGGCACAUAGUUUCAACAACCAAAACACAGAAAGGUAACAGCGAUGACCGGUGAAUGGAAUAUUGAACCUUUGUUAAUAACUUGCUCAUAAGUGACAUUUUACAACUCUGGUAGAACAAGGUUGUACGCUAGCAACGCAUACCCACAGCAUGCAAUGCAGUUUUCAAGUCUUGCUUGGUUUUGCGCCUGUGUUUGCGGAGUCUUUCCAAGGUGGCUGUUUGCGUUGCAUUCCAAUGGAGCAGCAGAAAGUGUGCGGAAAUCAUCACACUGCCAAGGCAUUGGUUUUUUGUGUCAUUCUUACAAAAUUGCAACCUGAGCUAGUGCAUAAGGAGUAUCCACAAUUAUGUGCAUGAAAGGGAAAAAAUUGUCGUCCAUCCAAAUGUAGCACGAAGCUACAAAGGAAACCCACAUGGGUUUCUCAUAAAGAAUUCUUCACAUUUUAGGAAAUAUUCAUCCUAGUCCUGGUGCGGACUUGGAUGAAUUUUUCCUAUGCUGCAAAGUAUAUGAGAAAUCCAUGUUGGUUUCUUUUGUAGCGUCGUACUGCAUUCAGGUGGACGACAAUGUUUGCUUUUCGUGAUACUUCCUCUACAUUGUGGGAUUCUGCAGAACUGAUUUGCCAUGUUACGUGCGUGUCGGCUCAUCUUGAGUGUCAUUAUUGCGUGGACUUUAACACGAGACUGACAGGGAUGUUUUGAAGUCAUUCUGCACAGAGAACAUUGGACUCUUGUUCUUUAUUAGUCUGGCACCCUGUUCUCUUCCUUCAAUGUAGUGUUCAUGACAAACACUUCUUUUUCCUGUUAUUUUCAUAGCAGACUGUGAUCUCUUUGGUUGUGGUUAUUCCAGUUGUGGGCUGCUAUUAUUCUUAAGGUAACACACCUCUGCUUCCCCACGCUGUGAACUUCCUUUUAAGAGCUGUGUUCUUUCAGUGGCAUUGAACUUUUGGCAUUGCUUGGUUCCUAUGAAACGUGUUGAGUUUCAUUAGCAUAAAAAACAGUUGUUCCUGCAAGUGACCUGCGAAUGUCACAAUUUUGAUGCACUUCAGUCACUUGAAGCUCUCUUGUUAGUUUCCCAUUGGGGCCUGAAGUAGAUUAUAUGGGCAUAUAAUUCAAGUAUAGCAUGCUUGUCACUGGAGCACUAAAUGCAGGUUGUGGGAACUCUUGGCAUGUUUGGGCUUUCCAACUCUGUCUGUGCUGUAAAUCAGGCAGGACAUGGUGCUUGAAGGAACUUUUUAGAGAGUGAUGGGCUCCAUGACUGCUACAAAUUUAAGGGACACUGCUCUUUAAAUAACGCAUUGGGCAUGACUAAGCAUGUAUUUAGCAAGUAGCACGCUAAGGUGCUGGGCGCCGGUUGCCAGAUCAUUAAAGGGACACUAAAGGCAAAUACUAAGUUGACGUGGACUCUUUAAAUACCGUUGCAGCAAGCUUACAAUGUUUGUUUCGUGCUAAGCAAAGUGCAUCUUAAGGGUCUGAAUAGCUUUAUCACAUUUCGAAUCUCCCGCCAUCCAACCGGUGGAGUGGUGACUUUGCAAAUGCCAUCACCACCCUUUGCUGCCAUCGGUGAGUAAAACGGCACCCGACAGACGGCGAUACUGAGCCAAGACAGAACGGUGGAUUUGCCGCUGCAUCUGUUGUUUGGUCAUGUUGUGUAGACCAUUCGGGCAUCCCGCGGCAGCACAUGGAAGUUGAAUUCUUUGCUACUUGCAGUUUGUGCGAGUGUCGCGAGCCAGCAAAACAAGCGCAGCAAUCAGGAAACUACUGAAAUGCUAAGGCAUGAGCGGCGCUGCGAAAACAAAACCAUUCUACUGACCGAGUCGUCGUCAAGGGUAAUUUCAUUGGUCUAAACAUGAAAUAGAACUAGACAAGUUGCAUUUUAUUUCGUCUUAUAGAUAUAAUGCAAGGAUGUUUUGUGCAAUGAGUGGUUGCCUACUAGUGACAGAAUUUAACUGAGGAGUGCUUUUGUCAUCAGGCAAGUGCUUGAAUGUCCCGGGGGAGUCUCUAAUCAUGUCCUGCAUUUGCCUCAAUUAUUAAGGCCCUGUUUGCGGUAAUAUUGAUGCCUUAGAGAUUCUCGAGCACUAAUCUAUCACUAUAGCUUGAUUUAGUAUUUGCCUUUAGUGUCCCUUUAACAGUGACCAUACAUACGUACAAACUUAAUUUUGCCUUAGCGCUCCCACAGCGGGUAGUGUAGUGCCUGUCCAGAUUUGUAAUGCCACAUGUGAAACAAUUUUUUUUUUUAAUUCAGAGGCUUUAAUAGCUAUAUUAGUUUGAUAUCAGCCAGUCCUUAAAGAACAAGACAAGGUUUAACAGGGUGGGGAUGUCCUUUUUCAUUUAUUGUGUUUUGCUGCUUUUAAUUUUCUUCAAAAUUCAGAUCUUUCAGCGCUGUCAAAUGCAUGCAGACUGCAGUGCAGUAACUGCAGAUGCAGUAACUGCUGCUAACAGCUCUCGAUAAAUUAUAGAGUAUAAAGUCAAGGUAAACAGAUUGUUACUAUAUCAUGCCCCAGGCCUCCGCUCUGUCCAUUGGCAAUGCAUGGCCUUCGAGAUUGGAUGGGUGAAGCGUGCCUUUGGCAUUGCAAGUCAUGGGUCAUUCUGAAAUGUCGGUUCUUCUUCAGGCUUGGUCAGUGACCACUAUUCACUUCAAGCCAUGCCUAUCCAGGCAAACUUUUGUCGCACCUUUGAUUCUUUGUGUUUGCACUUUGGGAAGCUUGUGCAGAGAGAAAAAGAGAAAAUUAACUUUAAUGAAAAGGAUGGCUCAGUAGCCUAAGGAGGAGGGAGUAUCAAUGGUGGGGAUCGUAAAACAAACAAAAAAAUAUAAAAGGAACUACACGUUCAUAACCUGCUGGUCAAGCCGGCCUUGCUCUCCCACUCCCACAAAGAGUUGAUAGUUUGCCGGACGCAGGCCUGAGGGGGUGGCGUGGUCUAUGCCGCGCAAGGUCAGCAUUCUGAUUUGUUCAGUGCGGCCUGCCUCAUUGGACGUCUCCUUGUACUAGCUGUCCUUGUUUGCCGCUUUGUGAUGUGCUUUGAGUGGCGUUUAGCUGUUGUCGUCUGCUCAGUGUUACUCUUGCAGGUCAGUGGAGGAGAAAGCGAGAUCGGUAGUGUAAAAAAAAACAGCUUUAAGCCACAUUGUCUGGUUGUUCGUCGUUCAUAAAACUAGGCGUCCUUGUGUAUCAUCAUUCGAGUUCAAAACGUGCUCUUAACAUUGCGGUGGAUUACGCGCUGGAAACUUACGGUUAUUCAGCCACUUUUAUUGCACAAACACCAUUCAUUCCCAGGGUUGUAGGAGGUGAAGGGUUAUAACCUUGCAGUGGCAGGAGGGUAAUGAGUUAUUUGGUGGCUUAGUUUAGCGUUGUCUGUUGGCCGUUGAUAAUUGAAAAACGAAGUUCAGAGGAGAGGCAAAUCAUUAAGAAUUUCCAUUCCCUGCGGUCAUUGAUACACGCACUCUUCUCUGCGCAAAUUUUUACUUUUUUUUUCUUUUUAUUCUUCUCUCUCUCUUUUUUUUUUUUUCACGCCGUCAGCGCUGCUCGAAGAAGAAGGAGAUCGUGUAAAAGAAUCUUUUAGCCAAGUAGUCCACGAGGGUUUGUUUAGCCACCUGACAUUAUUAGCGACUCCACAUCACUGCAAACGACAUUUUCGGGGCAUUCUGUUUGCCAGCGAGAUGCUGGUUUCGUUGCCGCUGUCGGGCGUCUCGGUGCUUCCUUUCACAAACGUGGUUGUGGCAACCUAGCAGAGGUGGUCUGAUGAUAUUGUCGUGAUGAGGUAGGGAAAAAAAAAACUGUUUUUAGGCAUCUCGGGUUGUAUCGCAAUGUUGCUUUGUGAUUUGCCUGCUAGAAUCGCUGCGGUGUCUGACUGUCCAUUCUGUGAUGACAUCCGCACACGUGCCGGAGUACCCCUGCGCACAUGCUGCACAAAAAGGAAGGGAAAAAGAAGCAUGUGCUGUUGCAUAAUGACGAUUGCUGUCAUCCUUUAGUAUACUUCAUUUUAAUAGCGGGUAUUCACUGACGCUAUUGCGGCCCCCAUAUUGUUGUGAAGCCAGCAUAGUGAAAAGGCUACACGUUAUCUUGCUUCGCUUAUCUCCGACAGCACAGUGGAAGUGUCGGGUGUACGUUGGGCAAGGCUGAUGUUUACAGCUGUGAUUUUUCGCGCUUCUCUGACAGGCCAUCAUUUGCAUGUGCAAUCGCCAGAACGCUCCCCGAACACGCAAGGCACGGCUCGUGUUUUGGCGCCUCACGUGUAGCUUGUUCGUUAAGAUUAUAGCGUUAAUUUAAGCGGUACCGAGUUCCAGCAUCGAAGCCCGCGAUGAUCACUUUGGCUACAGUGUGGCGUCGGCGAUAGCAUCGCCAUCAGGUGCGCGCUGAUUGGCUGGCUGGUUGAGCACAAUCGGAUGAGCUGAUUGGGUGGUUGGGCACUACGUCACGCGGAGGCCAUAGUAUCGCCGAGGUGAUCGUCGCUGAACACGUCCCCAGGAGUCCACUCGAGAGCCCUGUAGGGCUCACGUGGCCUCUUGGAGGUGCAUCGCUUUUUCUGGGGCCUGCGCUGGAAGCCUUGCAGAGUUGAUUAAUUAAACUUGACUGAUUAUGCAGAUAAAAAAACAUGCAUGAAAAUGUGCGAUUUACUCCAUACAAUGUACUUGACUAAUUAUGCAGAUAAAAAAGAAUGCACGAAAAUGUACGAUUUAUUCCAUAGAAUGGCUGACAAUAUACCGUUUGGCGCGGCCCGAAUAUAUUUUCAACGUUAGUUUAAAUUGGGACAUUUAAACUUUGGCUUAAGUUGGUUGGGACGCCCUGCGUGUAUAAAAUCGUAACGCUGUGCUGCAGGUUUUAUUAUUAAGUGAAAGGUUUAACUUGGGGGCAUCCUAUGUGAAUACAUAGGAAAGGAAAACGCGUUUUUUUUUCCGCAACUACAGUACUGAAUUCGUUGGUACUGGUGUGGUUUGCUACAUUUGAAAGAUGUUUAUUAUCUAAUGACAGUUGGUUGCGGUAUUCUAAAUUUAAGCUCUCUAUAUUUUUGUAGAUAUUAAAGAAUUGCAAAUUUUACAAGAAACGAAACUUGCAGCUCUAGCUCACUAAGAAAACAAAUAAAAUCUGCAUUUCAUAAUAAUCCGCAUAUACGAAGCGGACACAAUUGAUAUACUAGGCACCGCUGUAAAAUAUAUUGCCAAUUUGUGAAUAAAUCUUUUGCAACAUUCUUAUAACUAUUGUAACAAAUGCAUGUAAGCUUUAAAUUUAUACAUCAAACUUGUCCGCUUUAGAUGAGCUAACAGACGCAGUUUACAGAAGGGCGAUGUCUGUUUUUGGUGCACAGCUACGAAGUUGUACAAUUCGAGCUUAUAUAUAUGUAUUUUUUAAGCUUACCACGCAUGCCAACUUUCGUCAAUGUUUAUUUUUAAAAAUCCAGGCCUGAAAUAAAAAAUUCCGCUUCCUACAGUCGCUAGAAUUUAGCUCUCUCUCUCUGUCUCAAAAGUACAAGCUUUCGUUAAAAUCGGCCCAGUGGUUAUCUCGGAAAAACAUUUCCGCGUUUAACAUUUGUUUGAAUAGGUGGCAUCGCAGUUGGGCCCGGGCUAAAGCUUCCUCUUAGUGGGAAAUACACUCUAAUAAAAGUGACACAUAUUUUCGUUGGGCGAGGGACACCCAGAAUAUGUUUAAAUAUGAGGGCGAAUGCUGAAGCACUUGUCUUUUUUUUUUUUUUAGGCGGUUAAAGAGCGCCGUAAGAGAGCGUGGUGUAAGUAAUGUAAAAUAAACGGCCGUUUUUUGCUUGGCACUUGUCGCGCGAUAUUAAGGUCAGUUCAGUCGACGUAGCCUGUAGCUUCACGAAUCUUGUUCACACUGUGGCACCGCGCAUUGUGCGGCGGUUUCUUGUACAUUGUUAAAAAAAAGAUGUACCCUCGUACCUGUCCUCAUUUCGUUUUUUUUUUUUUCGGUUGUUUCGUGAUGCUGUCGUUUUAUUUUUCUAAUUGUUGCUGUUGUCACCUGCGGUGCGCGUUUUCUCCUGACAUUAUUGAUAAUAAUAAAGAAAUAUUGAACCUGU